GCAGAGGCAGCAGGGCGUUUCUGUGUUAGAGGCGCUGGUGGAGAGCAGGGGAGGGGACGAAGCCACGCUAAACAUGGAAGGAAAGCGAGACACUGAAGCAGCAUAUUGAAUGUCUAAAUAACUGCCUUUUAAAGGAAACUCCCGGCAAGGGUUUUAGCAGCUGGCGGGACAAGCACGGACUGAAACCCUGCACUCCUGUUGGCAUCUGGACAAAAAAAUAGUAACAAACAGUGACUGGUUGCUCACUGGGACAGGAUCUGCCUUCGCUGUGAGGACUGGAGCCUGGAAAGCUUUUGCAUUUUGAGCCUCUACACUUGUGGUUGUUAUUGCAUUGGAAGUAACCACAAGUACUCCAAUCAAGCAGUGGACUGGUCUCGUCAAUAUUUAAUAGUGUCUUAAUGGCUACUGAUGUUUCGUUUUGAUUUAUGAUUGAACCUUGAAGCCAUUACCACCUUUUAUCAGAUUUACAUCAGAACUGCUGCAGUGCUUUAUAUCAAAGCUGUAGCUGCAAUAAGUUACAGUUGCUUCAUUAAUUAGGGGCACAUCUUUACAUCAUACAUCAAUUAGACAUCAAUUAGAGAGUGACAGUUGAACCCACGCUGUAAACUCCACAAGCACAGGAUGGAGGAGCGCAUUCACGCUACAGGCAUGGCCGCCAAGCUGAGGAGCCAGUGGGAUCGCAAUGAAGGUCUGGGGCAGAACCACAACGCCGUGAAGUUUCUGGGUCAGGACUUUGAGCGUCUGAGAUCCCAGAGCCUCCAGAGCGGGAGGCUGUUUGAGGAUAGUUUGUUCCCUUGUGCUGCAUCGUCUCUGGGAUUCAACGAGCUCGGCCCGAGAUCCUCCAAGACCCAAGGCGUCCGCUGGAUGAGGCCCACGGAGUUUUGCAGACGUCCCGAGUUCAUCGUGGAUGGAGCCACUCGCACAGACAUCUGCCAGGGAGCUCUAGGGGACUGCUGGCUGCUGGCAGCCAUCGCCUCGCUGACCUUAAACGACAACCUCCUCCACAGAGUGGUUCCUCACGGACAGAGCUUUGGGCAUGGAUAUGCCGGCAUCUUUCACUUCCAGUUCUGGCAGUUUGGCGAGUGGGUGGAGGUGGUGAUCGAUGACCGGCUGCCAGUGAAGGAUGGGAAGCUGCUGUUCGUCCACUCGGCAGAGGGAACCGAGUUCUGGAGCGCGCUGCUGGAAAAGGCCUACGCUAAGUUGAACGGCUGCUAUGAGGCUCUGUCAGGCGGCAGCACGUCAGAGGGCUUUGAGGACUUCACAGGCGGCGUGACGGAGAUGUACGAGCUGAGGAAGGCCCCCCCUGACCUCUUCAGCAUCAUCAGCAGGGCCAUAGAGAGGGGAUCGCUGCUGGGCUGCUCCAUAGAUAUCACCAGCUCAUUAGACAUGGAGGCCGUCACGUUCAAGAAGCUGGUGAAGGGGCACGCCUACUCUGUGACCGGUGUGGACGAGGUGGUCUACAGAGGGAAUCUGACCAAGCUGGUUCGCAUCAGGAACCCCUGGGGGGAAGUGGAAUGGACGGGAGCCUGGAGUGACAACUCCAGAGAGUGGGACAACGUGGAUCGCUCCGUCAGAAGUCGGCUACAAAACCGCAGUGAGGACGGCGAAUUCUGGAUGUCCUUCAGUGACUUCCUGCGUGAGUUCAGUCGUCUGGAGCUCUGCAACCUGACGGCGGACGCCCUGCAGAACAGCCAGCUGAAGAAGUGGAGCUCCUCGCUCUAUCAGGGGGAGUGGAGGAGAGGCAGCACUGCUGGAGGCUGCAGGAACUACCCAGCAACCUUUUGGCUCAACCCCCAGUUCAAGCUUGUGCUGCAGCACCCGGACACUCCCGGCCAAUCAGACUGCAGCUUCCUGGUUGGGCUAAUGCAGAAGGACCGCAGGAAGAAACGGCGGGAGGGCAAAGACAUGGAGACCAUCGGGUUUGCUGUCUACGAGGUUCCAAAUGAGGCUGUGGGCAGGUCAGGGGUCCACCUGAAGCGAGACUUCUUCCUCACCCACGCCUCCAGCGCUCGCUCAGAGCUCUUCAUCAACCUGAGGGAGGUCAGCUCGCGCUUGCGUCUGCCGGCCGGCGAAUACGUCAUCGUCCCCUCCACCUUCGAGCCGCACAAAGAGGCUGACUUCGUCCUCAGGGUUUUCUCUGAGAAGCCCGCCGACUCCGAGGAGCUUGAUGAUGACGUUACAGCGGAUCUUCCAGCAGAGACUCGGCUGGACGAGAGCCAGAUCGACGCCGGCUUCAAGGGUCUCUUCAGACAGCUGGCUGGGCCGGACAUGGAGAUCAGUAUCACAGAGCUGCAAACCAUACUGAACAGGAUCAUCAGCAAACAUAAAGACCUGAAGACAGACGGCUUCACAAAAGAAUCUUGUCGAAGUAUGAUAAACCUCAUGGACACCGACGGCAGUGGAAAGCUGGGCCUGUCAGAGUUUCAUGUACUCUGGGAAAAGAUUAAACGAUACCUGACUAUAUUCAGGGAGUUUGACUUGGACAAAUCGGGCACCAUGAGCUCCUACGAGAUGAGGAUGGCUCUUGAGUCUGCAGGUUUCAAACUGACCAACCACCUGUUCCAGCUGAUCAUCCUGCGCUACACAGAGGCCGACAUGACUGUCGACUUUGACAACUUUGUCACCUGUCUGGUCAGACUGGAGACCAUGUACAAAACCUUUCAGACCAUGGACACUGAUAAAGACAAAGUCAUAUGCCUCAACUUCUGCCAGUGGAUCACCCUCACCAUGUUUGCCUAGGGAUGCGUGGACUCCUCUGUAACUGCAUCCUUCCUGCAGCUCCAGGCCCAGCAUGUUGUCGUUUCAGAAGUGCCUUUUUCUGCUCCAGUUCUUCCUCUCCUCCACGCAGCUCACUGCUGAGGCCCUCUGAUGCUAAAAGACUGUAUAUUCAUCUUUACAGUGCCUCUAUUGGAAACGUGCCAGAGUCCUUUAUUUGUCACCUGUUUCGCCAACAAAAGGAAGCUCACUUCCUGUAGCCUGGCAGUUUUUAGCUAUACAAACUUUACUUGAAGGCAGAGCUGCUCUGGGGGCAGAAAUAAACUUAUUGGUUAAAUUUCAGUGGGUGGAGACAAAACACUAACACAUUUAUGCAGCUUGCUUGACAAAAAGAGCAAUCUAGCCAUGUAUUUUUCUCCAUGACUUACCUCGUUAAAGAAAUGCUAUCUUGUAGCUACCACAUUUCAGAAACCUGGCUUAUACUGAAGUAAAAGAAUGAAGUAGUCAAAUAAAUUCAUGAAUUGACUUCUAAACACCUCAUUAUGGUACACAUUACCAAAUGGACAAAGAAAUUCAGGAGAUAAAUGUGUAUUAACUCAUCUCUGAGUUAUUUUCCAUUAGCAGGUUUUAGUUGUCCAUUACAUUAUUAGCAGAAUCCCUAAACUUGGUUUAUUUAACCUGAAUAAGAAAAUCAUUUGUUUUUCUUUUCCCUAAAAAGUCUUGUUCGGGCCUCCAUAUGGACUGAGUUAGUGAAGCUAGCCAAACUAAACUAAUUUAAGCUAAGCUAAGCUAAGCUCGUGAAGGGAAUGACAUGUCUUGUUCAUGUCUUGACCAGAUCUCCACGCUGUAGCACAAAAAUAUGUUUUUGCUGUCCACGUUGCACUGUAACUUAACCAGUUUGAUUAUUUUUGCUCCAUUAAAUCACUGAAGAACCAAAACUUCUGUCUUGCUCUGAACUAGGAAAUCUGCUUUUUAAUGCUGUUUUAACAGAAUCUGUGAUUACACUUUGUUGUAAAAUGUAUGCAUAAUAAGUCCUAGACUGUAAGGGAUACUUCUGCUUGGUUACAUUCAUCUGCAGACGGGAAAUAAUACUUUUUAAACAAAUUUUUGAUGAAAGCAAUGCAUUGAUAAGUGAAACAAAAUCUUGUGACAAUCUGCAAAACUCUCUCUCAGAGCUCAUUUUUUUGGGUUUGAAGUUGAGCCUGCUGUCCGGGCUCAGAUGUGGUCCAUGUGGAGAGCUGCGCCGGCGCCUGUGAAUGUGCGUAACACAUAUCUGUGCUCGGCCUUUGUAGCGACGCUGCCAGCCUGCCCCUUUCUGUUUACAUCUGGUGCCAAACCUUGCAGUGCAGAGACGAUGGUGGGGUGCUGUAUCAUUGAGAAUGUGUCGACUUAUAUUUCUUUAAAAAUAAUCCUGUUUAGCUCUAAGACGUACCUGCUUGUCAUUAUGCAUGGCACAUAUGAAAAAAAAGCUUUUUUAUCAGGGUUGGAACUGGAUGUCACGGUGGUAUAAAAAAGGGGCGUGUCAGCCUUGUUUAAUCUCGCCUUCCAAAGGUAAACAAUUAUGUAAGAUUGACGGAUAUGUUGUAUGCAUGCAGUGUGAAAUGUGAUAUAUCGUCUGCCUGCCUACUUUCUGUUCAACCAGGGGAGCAAGUGUUUUAUUUUGAGAUUCAUUUCCAAAAUAAUGUCACUUUUGGGAAAAAAAAAAAGUCUUGAAAGCCUUUCAGUAUGGAGGAUCUACACGGAAAGUUGACCUGCAAGUGUUUAAAAUGUCAAAACUGUUUGUUCUGCCAGUUUUUUUCUCCCAUUUUUUUGUAUUUUUGUAAAUUUUAUUUGAAACAUCAAACGUUACUGCGAAGCCCAUAAAUUCAUGUGAUACUCCUGCAAUGCCAGCAUUCUUGUCUGCAGUUUUUACAGCGUAAUGAUUAUAUAACAUUACCUAAUGUUUACACUAGUGACAUUCUGGGACCCAUUCAUCAUGCAGUACAAUACUUAACUGUGUAGUGUCUCUGUAAAACUUACAUACACAUUUUGAAAAUAAAUGGGGAUGUUUUUAUGA